AUGAAAAAUCCUUUAAGAAAUUCCUUUCAUAAAAGGAAUUCCUCAAACAAUAACAAUAGUACAAACGGAGAAUCAUCUUCAGUACAUUCAGAUAAUGUAACUCGUUAUGAAAUGAAAAAUUUAAAACCAAAAGAAAAGGAAAUUUCAACAGAACAAGAAAAUGAAGUAGAAUAUUUCGAAAAUACUAAAAUUCAAGAAGGUGGUAUUGACGACUCUACAAUAACUCAAACAAAUGACUACGAACAAAACAUUACCAAACCAACUUCUCGUGUAAGAAAUUUCAUCGAUUCAUUUAAACCUGCUGAAGUGAAAAAUUCUCCAGAAAAGGAUACAGCAUCAAUCACUUCAAAUGAAAUGAUGAUUGAUGAAGAAAUCUUAUCUUUAUCAAAUCUAGAUGGUCAACGUGUACCACCUCCAAGAAAAAUUGAAAAUAAAUCAGAUGAAUUGAAAAAAACAAUUAAACCAAGACAUGUCCUUAUGAUUUCUCUAGGGACAGGUAUAGGUACGGGUCUUCUUGUUGGGUUAGGUAGUUCCUUAGUCGCCGCAGGUCCAGCUGGUCUUUUAUUAGGUUUCGGUAUCAUGGGUACCUGUCUUUAUUGUAUCAUUCAAGCUGUCGGUGAAAUGGCUGUCGCUUAUUCUGAUUUAGUUGGUGGGUUUAAUGCUUAUCCUUCAUUUUUAGUCGAUCCUGCUUUCGGAUUCUCGGUAGCUUGGGUUUAUGCCUUACAAUGGCUUUGUGUUUGUCCUUUGGAAUUGGUUACUGCAUCAAUGACUAUCAAAUAUUGGACUACUAAAGUCGACCCUGAUGUCUUUGUUAUUAUCUUUUACGUUUUAAUUUUGGCUAUUAAUAUCGUUGGGGGUGCAGCUGGGUAUGCAGAAGCUGAAUUCAUUUUCAAUUCUUGUAAAAUUUUAAUGAUGAUCGGGUUCUUUAUAUUGGGUAUCAUCAUCAUUUGUGGUGGUGCAGGUAACGAUGGUUACAUUGGUGGUAAAUAUUGGCAUGAACCAGGUGCAUUUAGAGGUGAACAUGCAAUCGAUAGAUUUAAAGGUGUCAUGGCUACUUUAGUUAAUGCUGCAUUCGCAUUCGGUAUGAGUGAAUUCAUCGGUGUCACUGCUAGUGAACAAUCAAACCCACGUAAAGCUAUCCCAUCUGCUGCCAAAAAAAUGCUUUACAGAAUCGUUUGUAUGUUUUUAGCUUCCAUCACCAUUGUCGGGUUUUUAGUCCCAUAUGACUCUGAUCAAUUGUUAGGUUCAAGUGGUGGUGGUGUUAAGGCAUCCCCAUAUGUUUUGGCUGUAUCCACUCAUGGUGUUAAAGUCGUUCCACAUUUUAUUAAUGCUGUUAUUUUAAUCUCGGUCUUAUCUGUCGCUAAUUCUGCUUUCUAUUCAAGUUCUCGUAUGUUAUUAUCUUUAGCUGAACAAGGUUAUGCCCCAAAAAUCUUUUGUUAUAUUGAUAGAGAAGGUAGACCAUUAGUAGGUAUGGCUAUGGCGUCAUUAUUUGGUGUCAUUGCUUUUUGUGCUACUUCACCAAAGGAAGAUGAAGUCUUUGUUUGGUUAUUAGCAAUUUCUGGGUUAUCUCAAUUAUUUACAUGGAUUGCCAUUUGCGUCUCUCAUGUUAGAUUCAGAAGAGCUAUGCAUGUUCAAGGUAAAUCUAUCGGAGAAUUAGGUUUCAGAUCACAAGUCGGUGCUUGGGGGUCAAGUUACGCUGCCAUUAUGAUGGUAUGUAUUUUGAUUGCUCAAUUUUGGGUUGCCAUUGCUCCUAUUGGUGAAGGUAAGUUGGAUGCAAAGAACUUCUUUGAAAAUUAUUUGGCUAUGCCAAUCUUAUUGGCCUUAUACUUUGGUUACAAGAUAUAUACUAAAAACUGGACUAUUUUUAUUAGAGCUAAAGAUAUCGAUUUAGUAUCUCAUAGAAAUAUAUUCGAUGAAGAAAUUAUUAAACAAGAAGAGGAGGAAUAUCGUGAAAAAUUGAGAAAUGGUCCAAUGUGGCGUAGAGUUUAUGAUUUCUGGUGUUAG